GGGAACCGCCGCUUCUAGAACCACAACUCAAUCGGCCCUCCAUUUUCUUCUGGGUGCCCUAAUUCUCUCCUUCAAAAAUUCUUUGGUGUGGCUAGAAAUCUCAGCUAGGUGUCGUGUUUCGGCCGAAUGGCGGCUAGUCGUCGUCGAUUUAAAGCUGCAGAAGAAGAUAGGAUAAGCCAACUCCCAGACGAUUUGAAGGACAGAAUUUUGGAGUGUUUGGACACUCGAGAAGCCGCCAGAACUGCUCUCCUCUCAACUCACUGGAACGGCGGCCAAGGCCGCCUCGUCUUUGAUUGGGACUUCACCAAAACCAAAUCGGGCAGGGGAGGAAAUAAACGAGCGGCUUUUGUGAAAAUGCUUCUUGCAUUGAAUCUUCAUCACUGGUAUCAGAGCUAUUCAAAUCCUGGCACGAACAAGGAAUCGUUCGAGGGAAGACCAAGAAUCAGACAUGGAUAAUGUUCAAAACAAUCAAUUGAUCUAAGGGCUAUUCUGGAGCAGCAAUUGGCGUUAUAGAAUCAGAAAAUUGAGGAACUCAGAGCUGAGCAACAGAAAAUGCUGGAAAAGUCCAGUAGCAACGACAACGAACGCAGAUCCCGGAAAUGAAAGAGGUGAUAAAAG